AUGUUCUUGUCUGCGACUCGUCAGCUGCGUGCCCUGCGCGCCAAGCAGCACGCGACACGGGCAGUUGUGGAGGAGCACAUGGCGGCCUACGAGGCUGCCAGGAACGCGUACGAAACUGCGCAACGUCAGGAAGCAGAGUUGCGAGCGAUGCUGUGCGCCGCGGAGGCACGCGCGGCACAGCUGCUCCGAGACUUCGACGAUGCGGAGGCGAAGCUGCGCAACACCACGACCGACCUCAGCCACACUCAGUCUCUCUGUCACUCCCUUGAGAGUCGCAUUGCAGAACACGCCAGGUGCCAGCGCUCGGCUGUGCUGCUACUGGCUCCGCCAUCUUCGUCGAUAUCGAAACGAUCAGCACCGCCACGGCUGUGCCACAUGGAUCCGUACAGUCUCUUGCACACGCCCACGGGUGAGGCCUUUGCGUACGACCUUGUCGAGCUCCGCAGCUGUGCGUCGGCGGACCAGGCGGUGGGGGUGCUCAACGGUGGGGAGAGCGAUGACGGUAGUGAGACGGAGAGCAUGAACGACGCAGCCGACGCGGGGGCCUGGGGGAGCAACGAUGGCGGUGAUGAUGUUGACGCAGAGGCGAACCAGCUUCCAAGCAGGCCAAGCAUCACGUCUCUCUUGACCGAAGCCGUCCGGGACGUGCUUCAUGGCUAUCACUACACGCUCCUGUUCACGUCUUCCGAUGGCUGCCGCCUCUGCGCCCAAUACGAAAAUCUGACGAACAACGUGUGCCCAGCGACAGCGCCUUCAACCAGCGACGUGCCAGCCGCGGCAUGCGGACAGCCCCAUAAGCAUCGGCGGACGUGCCAGCCGGCGAACCUAUGUCUGCGCCUCCUUCAGCUCCUUCAGCGAGAAGCGGCGCGCAGCGGCGUUCGUGCGCUCAGCGUCACUGUCGCUGCCGGCUGUGUUGGUGCAAGGGAGGCGGCACGCAUCCCUGGGUCAGGAGUCACGGCACGGACAGCGUCGGCCAAAGAACCCAAUCGUGCCGCUGCGACGUGUGGCUGGACGGACCUGCUUCUGCCGGCAGCCACGCGGCACCAGCAGCUGACCGUCUCCAUGGAGGCUGCACCGUCAGAAGAGCGUGAGGAGACAGCACUGCCAUCGAUGCCGUCCGACGUGUGGAGCAUGCGGGGAACGAGCGGCGGCAGCGCUGGAGCCGGUUCUUGGCUCGACGCCGGUUGCACGCAUCCCAAUGACCGCCACAUUUUACUGCCGUCGACGUCUUCUGCGACUGCGGCGACGGGGGCUCCGCUGACGUCGCAUGCGCCCACCCUCGAAGGCGUGCCUGUCAGCUCCAUCGAGGCGGCGGCUUUCUGGCUGCGGGAGGCCGGCCUCCUCUCCACAACGGACACCUCGAACAUCUCCACGGACAGAGUAGCGCUGAAAUCCCCCACCACGACCUCCACCGAGCGCGUCGAUGCGCAGGAGGUGACUGCUGAUGCCUCUGUAGUGGUUCUUCUCGUGGGCGUGGACAGCCAGGACGCAACAGGCAAGCUGCACAGGAGCCUUCUGCGUAUCGUCAGCGACACUCACUUCGAUCCGGGCUACUUCGCCCAUGCCGGGCCGUUGCUGAGGAGCGGCAGCAGGGGCAUGGAUGUCGAUCCUCCCGCGUGCUGCUCUCCUUCGACGUUUGCAUUGUACAUGUCUCAUGCCUUGGGGGUCGUUGCGCGCGCGGCCGCCGCAAAGAUGCCGGAUGCGGGGGACGCAGGGCAGUGUGCCACACAGGUGAGCGACGAGCAUGAUGGUACUGCUGCGAGUUCUCCCGUUCGGAUGCUGCUGUUGCAGGGAGCAGAGGUGGCCCCCCUCGCUGCCUGCGAGAUACGCGCUGCUGCCCAGAGCAUCUCUUUGCAAUGGCCAGCCGAGGUGUGUGCAAGCUCUCCCGCGGCUCGCGGACACGCCUCCUCGCGCUCUCAACUCGAUGCAGCUUGGUCGCUCUGGGCGGCGCUGCUGCGGCCUGUGUUUGGAGGCAACAGCAAGGCACUGUGGCUGCACUGCACGAACGGCGACAGCAGAGGCUUCCAUGACUCCGCAGGGAGCGCCCCUAUCCCCGACGGCCUUCCUUCUCCGCCUGUCCCACGCGACGAUACAGCAGCGCUUCGGCUGGGCGCGCUUUUCUGCCGACUGGUGCGCCACGACGCCGUCGCCUCCGAGGUGUCCCCAGACCUGGCGCGUCUUGUGCGCGUCCGUCUGUGA